AUGGCUGCAGCUCCAAAAAUGACCCGCUCGCUGUCUCUUGAGAGUAUGCCUCUAGAUAUUCUAUGCAUAGUCUGUGAACGCGUUGUGGAAUGUGACCCAAGCCGGCAGAGCUUGUAUUCCUUCUCCUUAGCAAGCCGACGGUGUAGCAUUGCAGCAGUGAGACAACGACUAAGACGCGUUCAAAUAACCUUGGAAACCAGAAAGAAACUGGCCAAUGACCUGGCGAUAUGGAAUCACAUCCUAAAGCCUCAUGGGAACGCCGACUACGUACAACUCGUGAGAAUAAAUGGAAGCAUGCGCCUAGAAUACGGGAGGUUUGCGCCCCGUACGGAAACUGAAGAACAGCAAGAUGACGAAUGGGGAACAGAUCUUAAUUGGCAUUGUGACAACGAUUCGGUCUGGGAAUAUGGCGAGAAGAAGGUUUGCACCGAUGUGAUUCUCUAUGGUGGAGAUCGACCUUUGACAGAUGAAGAGAAACAGUCCCAAGAGGCUGCCUGGAGGCCCCUUGUAAAGUUUAUCAAGAACCUAUCUGGUCUUAAAGACCUAAUUUACGCCUCCACAGAUCAAAUUCCGCCCUGCAUGCUGGAAGCACUACACCUAUAUCACCCAAAGAGUCGCCUACACAUGCGCCAAUUCACCCUCCACAGCCUUUUUCAAUUGCCCAACUCCCCCCAAGAUAUUAGCCCUGAAGAGUACGCGCUUGUGACAUCGCCAUGCUUAUACAGCAUAUGUCCACUGCUUUCAAAUUACGAUAUUCAGGGAAGAGCUUCCUUUAACGCCGAGGCAAUUUUACAAAUGGUAGCUGGGUUGGCCCCAAAUCUAAGAUAUGUGUCCAUAGAAGUACCGGUCACUUUUUUUGCGCAAAUGGGCCCGAAACCGGCAUGGCGCGGGUUUUUUGUCAAUAAACCUCGAGAGGAAGGUAGUUCCGAGCCAACUGGGAAUCUUCGGAGCCUUUCCUUCAAUUACACUAAAGACUUAGCCUCUUCUGCACUCCGAGCAUGGAGCUGCCAUACGGACUUCUCCAAACUGCAUAUCCUUCGGGUAACGAACAACGACGGUGUUGACAUCAUCCGUACUUUGGGUCAAAUGGCAGCGGAAGGAAAAUUUAGGUCCCUUCUCUCUGUCAGCCUAAGGCUAUAUCCUCACGCAGUGGCAGAUGCUAUGAUCCUUGACGAAGAGAUGGCUGGUUUUCUACGAAAUAUGCCUCCGCUCAAGGAAUUGCAACUGACUGGCUCCGUUGCUGAACGGACAUUCAAUGCUAUUCUUGAAAAACAUGGUGAUACCCUACUUAGACUGGAUUUUACUCCAUCUCGCAAACACGCAGCGGGAGGGAGCUUAUUUGUCCCCUUCAACAGUGAGGUGCGAGAGAUUCAGAAACGAUGCCCGAACCUCAGAAUGCUUGGCCUUCUUAUACCCCGGACUAAUGGGAAUAAAGACGAAGUGGAUAUAUAUCGGACUUUGGGCGAGCUGAAAUACUUGAAGCAUAUCAUACUGACGUUUGAUUUUUCCAAUGUUAUCCACUACACACACGGCUCAAUAGCCGAUGCCUGCGACGAUAAACUAUACAUUGGUCACAAUGCACUUGUAUCCUUGGAUCAGAUGUGUGAAACUUUCAAAAACCUUGCCAUUGACGGAAAUCUCGCCCUUUCAGUAUUCCGGGUGAUAGCUACUACCAACCGUCUUGCCUACCCUUCUAAACUCCCUUCACUGCAAUACCUCAAACUUCAAUCCCGGGGGCAUGGCGAAUUUGGAAGCGAAGUAUUUAAUGAUAAUCUUGCGGAUAUCGCGAAAUGGCUUGGUGGAACUUGGGUUUGCACGAAACUCCAAGAGCAUGGGGAUUUCGAUAAAGCGGUUACAAAAGAGGCUGAGUGGUUUGAGCGGAAGUUUUCUGAGGGGAAAAUUGAGGUGAUAUUUGAUGUGACUAGACCGGGUAUUCAUUCUGUGAAAGCUCGGUUUUAUCGAAAGGUCUGGCAAACGCUCUGGCAAACGCUCUGGCCAGGGCCUACAGAUGGAAGACAAUGGAUGCAUAAUUGGUCCAGCUUUCCGUUCUGGCCAGGGUCUCCAGAUGGAAGAAAAUGGGUGCAUGAUUGGUCCAGCUUUCCGCUCUUGGAGGAAUAA